AUGUUAGCCAAUGAAGAAAAGGCCAAAGAAAAGUCCUUCCAAAUGGAUAUUGAAGUAUUGGGCGCCGGUUUGGGCGUUCUGGGGUCACCCAUCGGCUUCUGGGUUGUGUUGGCUAUAAUUUCAUAUGCUGUUUCUUGCUCGUUUCCGAAUUCUGCAAAGCUCAGAAGGAUUCCUGGACCCUGGCUUUAUGCUGCGACACAGUUCAGACUUGCCAUCGAUGCAUGGCAAGCUCGGUCAAUUCAUACCGUCCUCAAUUUACAUCGAAAAUACGGUCCUGUCGUUCGAAUUGGACCGAAUGAAGUUUCUUUCAACACCCUCUCCGCCAUGCGGACCAUCUAUGGAGCAGGAAGUGGUUUUGAAAGAACUGCCUUUUACCGAAUGUUCGAUGUCUACGGCCGCCCAAAUCUUUUUACUUUUGGCUCUGGAAAGCUGCAUCGCGAUCGAAAGAAGUUAGUCAGUCACAUUUAUGCCAACCAGACCGUGCUUGGAGCCGAUUUCUCAGCCAUGGUGCAAAAGAAAGUGGCCGGUUUUCUGUCUCUUCUCGAACGGGAUCCGGAACAUGCAAGUGAGAUAUUUGGCAGCUUGCACUACUUCUCCGUUGAUACAAUCUCUGAAUUUGUUUAUGGACCGGAUCAUGGAGCAACAACAGCGGUGUCGGGAUCCAAGCAAUCCCGAGAGUUGAUUCAAGACAUCUUGAAUCCUGCCCGGCGGCGACUGGCAUGGUUUACCGUCCACUUUCCUGCUUAUACCAAAUGGAUCACUACGCGCACCGGGCUCCUGGAAAGAGUCCUGACAUCUCUGGGCUUGAUGCCAAUGAGGAAACCUUUCACUUAUUCUGGUAUCCGUCAGCACGCACUCACAGCUUUCUACAGUUUCAAGAAUGCCCCAGCUGAAGUUCAGGCGAAGGCUGCCAAGACGACAGUAAUUGGACGCUUGUUUAAAAUACAGAAGGAGACCAAUAUGACCGACAUGGAUAUCGCUUCUGAAUGUGCAGACCAUUUUUUGGCCGGAAUUGACACCACUGCAGAUUCUUUGAUGUUCAUGAUCUGGGCUCUCUCACUGCCCCAACACACGGAAUAUCAGGAGAAGCUCAGAGAAGAGGUCUCGCUGGUCGCCGUCGACAGUCAAGGUCUCCCGAUCCCGAAGGAUUUGACCCAACUGCCUUACUUAAACGCUGUGGUGCGAGAAUCUCUACGACUGUACUCACCUCUGCCUACAUUUGAGCCUCGAUCCUCACCCGUCGACACUGUCGUCGAUGGCUAUGAAAUACCCGCCGGCACGAUCGUUGGCAUGUCCCCUUUUGCCCUCCAUCGGGACGAGACUGUCUUCCCGGCUCCUUUGACCUUUAGACCAGAAAGAUGGCUGACGCCUUCCGGUGCCGUAAUCCCAGAAUCGGAUAUCAGAAAUCGAUAUUUCUGGGCCUUUUCAAGUGGUGCAAGAAUGUGUAUCGGGAUGCAUUUGGCCAAUGCAGAAAUGCUCACCUUAAUGGCUGCCGUGUAUCGGAAGUACAGAACAUCGGCAAAACAUCCAGACAUGUCGCCAGGUAUCACAAGUAGGUACGAGGUCUUCUAUGAUGAAACCAUGCCCAGGAUGGUCGAGCACGAAUGUUGGAUUGACUUCGAAAAGAUCGCCGAGGGUAAUUGA